AUGAUCGAGGGCGAGGCUUCUCGUCCGUCAGCUGCUCUCCAGCUAAGUGAGGAGGAGUUUGCGUGUGUGGUCCGAGGUAGCGACCUGAUUCGAAAACGCUUCCUCGAGAGCGAGCGAGAAGGCAGCUUCGACGUUGACGAGAGGAUGGUCGAGCAAUGGCUUCUGGAUUGCUACGGAUUUAUACGGAACACUGAUGAACUUUUCGACAUCAGCUUUGCACAAAGACUGAUUGGUUACUUACAAAACCCGAAAAUUUUCGAGGAUUGGAAGUCAUGUGCUGAGAGAGUGGAAGAAGAUGCUAUGGUGCGUGAUUCAGCUACUUGUCAGGCACAGAUGGAGACGGUGAUGGGAGCGCUGAACUCGAUUCGAAGAUCUCUCGUCGAUGCUGCGAGCUCGAGAGAAGUGAACGAGAUUUUGGUGCUCAGACACAAGAUUGCAUCGCUUGCAGGUGCUCUGACCAGCAGGCAACAUUCCGUGGCUUUGCAGGAAAUCCGAAGGAAUUUGGCGGAGAGAUCAGAGAGAGUGAUCAACCUUGACGAAGAGAUCCUCAAGGAUUUCGCUGUCAUUGCGAGACUUAGGAACAUGAUCAGCAGCGAAUUUGCUGGAUAUUCCCUCCUCAAUCAAUCUCACGAACUUGAGACACAAAGAGAGUUGGAGCUUGCUAGCAGUUCUUCUGGGAUUAAUUCUUUGAUCACCGCUGGAAUGGCGCUGGGAAUCCCUCAGCUUGUCCAGCACUGCAAUGCUUACUUGUCUGGAAUGGAAGGGGUCCCUCCAUACCAAAGAGUAGUUGUUCCUCCGGUCUCACCAUCAUGUGGCAGAGGAGAGCAUGAGGGAUCGAGGAAGAACUCCAAGGAGAACGUGUCCAGCAAAUAUCCAACGAUCAAUUUAUCAGAAGCAUUUGCCACUCCUACGAGCAAACCCCUGAAAGCAAAGGGACGAGAGAUGAUGGCGAAACAAAGCAUGAAUCUCCUCUUACUGCCUUCCAUCGCCCUGCACUACACCCUCCCGCUCAACAUCUUUCUCAUGCGUCACAUCCUAUGCCUCAUUCUCCUCCCCGUCCAAUACCUCCUCGCAAUGCAGUUCCUCCUCUUCUCAUUCCCGGCCAUUCUAGUCCUGGUCCUCAUAUUGCUAUUAAGAAAUCUUCGCGUGACCAAACAACUAGACAGAACUUGGCACCUCCUAGCUCGAACAACCAAGACCGAGGAGAAGGUUCAAGAUUACAAGCAGGCCAAGCAACAGCAGCAACAGACCCAGGAGCUGGAAACUCAGCUUCUGCUUUCAGACAAGCGGAAGAUUGCAGAAAGAGCGAGGAAAGCUGCAGCAGAGUUGAAGAAUGCCAAGUCAAAGGAGGAGGAAGCACAGCGGCAGGAAAAAGCUCUCAAGAAAGAGAAGCUGCAGAUGCUACAGAUGAAAACAAAGAGCAUGCUACAGAAGAACCUGCUUGAAAGGUUCAAGAAAGAAUCAUCAGAUCGUUCUUCCCGAGCAGACGAGCCAACGAAUGGGUUGGACUCAGAGGAGGCCAAAUACCUUCAGCACAUGAGGGCUGUCUGCAUGCAACGAGCCGCGCAGCGAGUUCAAGAUGCUCGACGGAAACUGGAGGCCAAGGUGAGCCUUGAGGGUUUUGGAAGGAAGAGGUUACGCUGCAGACAGAAACGGGAGGAGGAGGAGAAGAAGGAGAAGGAGAAAUGGAGCAGAAGAGAUGCGAGACUGGCCAAGUUCCGUCAGAAGCUGAACAUACAGAAGAUGUUUCAGCCUGGGGCCCGACCAGAUUCUUCGGAUGCUCUUGACGGCAAAGAGAACGAGAGCGACGGUGACCGAGAUCGCAAGGAAGAAUCUUCUGAACUCUCUGAAGAUGAGGAUGCAAUCUCACAUAGUUCAAGGUUUUCUGAUGUCUCUUCCGAUGCUUCACCUCAACGGAUGAAGGUUGAGGGCAAGGGGAUUGACCCGGACUACGCCAAGUUUUACACGAGGCUGUUUGAGAUGGCGCAGGAGCAUAAAGAGGAGGAAAACUGUAACGAGCUCAUGGACAGAAGCUGCCAGGCCAAAGCGGAGAACAAACAAGAGGCGGGAAGCACAGACGAUUCGACGGAGGAAGAAAUUGUAAGACUGAUUGAAGAGACACGAAACGGUUCCAACCGUAUGGAUGGAGAGGGAUGGAUAAUCAACUCAGCUUCUUGA